AGAUUAUAUUGUACAUGUUCGCCAUUUUGGUAGUGAAGAUUUUGUGAGGCUACCAUCCGAAGAAUCCACUUAAAAUCGGCAGUCAUCGGUCCUUUUAGGGAUUAUAUUAAGGAUUACCCAUAGUCUUUUGACAUCACCCAAGCGAACGGACCUGUUUUUUAACGGUUCGUUCAUAGGGUAAGAGGGAGAAAAUCUUCAAUGACAGCUAAGGCAAGAUGUCCUCACUCUCGGGGUUAGGUAAAGGUGACAGAGGAAGGGGAAAGUACAAAUCUAUAGAUAUAAAUACCCUAUAUCAAGGCAAAAGUGUACCAACACAAAAAACUACAGUUACUCGUCAGCAUGGGUUACAAAGCCUGGGUAAAGUGGCAAAUGUGCGGCGCAUGCCGCCUCCGGCCAACUUACCAAGUUUGAAAAGUGAAAACCUUGGAAACGACCCAAACGUCACUCUUGUUCCAACCGGAGGAUCAGGAUGGGGCACGAAGGAGAAAGAGCAGGAGAAACAAAACACCAGUACGAAUCAGCAGCCAUCGUCGCAGCCGCAGCAGGCUACCACACCGUCAUCGGGGCAGAACGUCAGCAGUCAGGCAGGUGUUGCUGGGGGCACAACAACUGUUGCAGCAACAUCAGUAUCAACACCAACAACAACAACAACAACAGCAGGGGCAGGGGGCAAGCCAUCAUGGAGCAGUGUGGCAGUUGGGGACACAGCAAAGGGCAAUGUUGUCAGUCACCAGUCACCAAUGUUUCAGGAGGAGUUUCCCACAUUAAAAUCAGCAGAGGACAAAAAAGAUGGCAAGAAGGAAGACGAACCACCUUCUCAGGUUGUAACAAAAGAUUUGCCAUAUGGACCAGGGCCAAGUUUACGACCUCAAAAUGUAGGGAGUUGGCGAGAAGGAGGGGGGCGUGGCGCUAUGCAGCAGCAGCAGCCCAAACCAGACACACCAUCAUCUCAGAGUUCUCCACAACCAAGCCAGACAGAAACACAACAGAAUGGCCCCCCGACGUCCGGUGGCCCUCCAACUUCCAGUGGGGCUGACAGCCCUGGGACCCAGCAAGUGCCACCAAGGCCUGGGUCCAACCAAGGUCCUGGUGCUCAGGGGCCAAUGCCUAUGGGACCGCACAUGGCCAUUCCCCCGCAGUAUAGGAUGAUGCCACCCUAUAUGUAUGGAAGAUUUCCACCAGGGUACCCACCAAACUAUUCAGGAAUGCCACGACCUCCAUACCCAUAUGACUCCAGAUUUAGACAUCCUGGGCCCAUGCAGAUGCAACAGAGGCCCCCAUUGGACAGCAGUGAAGAGGGAUACAAGAGGCCCCCUGUCAUCACGGACAAGGACCUUAAGAGUUUUGACAACAUGAGACUUGACAAAAGUGAUGAAGGCUGGGCUGGUGCUCAGGGAGACAUUGACUACUCGGAAAAACUUGUGUUCAGUGAUGACGAGGAAGGCAAUGAAGGAAGACGUCAAGGGAAGAAGAAGCACCAUGAGCAUUCAGACCACUCUGGCAAAGCUAAGGCAAGUGGUGAUAACGACGAGGAGGACAGAGAUGAUAUGUCCAAGGGUGAACAUGGUCCCUCUAUGUCUCGAGAAGCAUGGGGCCAAGGACAGAUACCACCUCAGUACAGAGGACAACCACGACCACCCCACCCUGGCAUGGACGGGCGUUGGCAGAUGCCCCCUUAUGAGUUUAUGGGUCCACCACCAAGGGGACCCCCUUAUCCGCCACCGUACAGGGUACCUCCAGGUGCACCUCCACAGAGACCACCAUUUCCACAGCAACAACCUGCCAUGCCACCUAUGAGUGCAGCCAGCACACCUUCUCAACAGCAGUCCUCUGCACCUCCGCAGACACCGAGUCCUGGACCAAGUCCUGGACAGAGUCCAAGUCCUGGUCAGCCACAGACUCGGGAGCGAGAGAAGAAGCACUCAGGUGGUGGAGAUGAGGAGGAUGAGCACUGGAGGCAGAAACGCCAGCAGCGAAAUGAGGAAGUGUCCAAUGCCAUUGAGCGUGCCAGGCAGAGGAGAGAAGAGGAGGAGAAGAAGAUGGAAGGAGAUCGCAAGGCAGCUGCAGCUGAGAAACUCAGACAGUUGGACGAGAGAACUAAGAAAAAGGAUGGAAAAGUUUCCGAGUCCGAUACAGAUUCACACGCUGAGUCUACACACGCGGAGUCCCAAAAGUCUGAAGGAAGGACAAGUAGAACACCAAGUGAGAGUAGCGAGAAGGAGGGACGAGAACGGUCCUACAGCAGGGAACAUAAGUUUUCGCCGGCUGAACAGCAACCAAGUAAGAGUGGAUCACGAGCAGUGCCACCUCGUUUCCAGAACAAACAGCAGCAGCAGCAGCAGCAAACAUCUGAAAACACCAUGAGGCAGCCUCAACCACAAAAACAGCCAGGGUCUCCCCAGCCACACCCUGGACAGAUGAGACCUGGUCAAGGACCUCCUCCACCCUGGGGACCUUACCCUUGGCCUCCAGGAAUGCCAAUGCCAUUUAUGGAUCCAAACUUUCCGAGGCCACCAAUGCCAAUGCAAGGUAUGCCUAUGUAUCCAAUAAGAAGGAGAAACGAUUCGCAUGGUUCUGGAACAGACAGCCAGGAUAACGAAGGACGCCAGGAGCCAUUUGACCGUGACCCUAGAACUGACCCUAGAGCUGACCCCCGAGCAUGGGGCAACUACUCAAUGCCGCAUGGACACCCUGGCCAGUAUGACGGGAGGCCUAGCCCAUUCUUUGACCGCAUGUAUCAGGAGUAUGAAAGAAACUUUUUAGACUAUAAUGACCGAAGGGAACAUGACAGGAGGGAGCGAGAAAAGCAGGAAAAAUUGACUUAUGAUGAUGACAAAGACUACGAUGCUGAAGAGUCUGAGGAAUCUUCAAAGGAACCAGACCGGGAUCGUCCACCAAGGGUACAGAGGGACCCAUUUGAUGACACACCUGACCGGGACCAGGGAGACCAUCGGGAUCACGACUGGUCACCCUCUCCAAGAGAAGAGAAACCCAAAAAGGAAGAGAGAUCUAGAAAAGAAGAACACCGUGAGGUGAAAGAUCAUGAUGCUCGAGUUUCAGAGCAUGAACAAGAUCGUAAAGAAAAAAUUGACAAGCCCACGAGGGAUCGUGAUCAUCGUGACAAAGAUCAUCGUCGUGGUGAGGAGAAGGAAAUGUUUAGAAACAAGGAUUCCCCAUGGGGCCAUCCCAGACAGUCUGCACCAAGUAGAAAUGAGUAUGACCGCUUUCCUGGAGUUUUGCGCAACGUGGAUGAUGGAGGAAGGCAUUACAGCAAAAGGGAACAUCCCAGCUGUCCGCCACCCAUCACCCCACAGCAAUCCCAGCAGAAUGUGCCGCCAAGGAGCCACUACACAUCACUCAAAAGGACUGCUUCUAACAUGUCCACCAACUCAACAAACACAGAAAGAAAAACCGAGUCCCCAAAGGAACCUUCUCACCCUGAUAGGGAUAGCUCCAGACAGAAGUCAUCCAAUAGGGUGUAUGCAGAUUCUGUAAAGGAAAAACCUGUAAAGGAGAAGCAGUCAGAAGGCAAACCGCAGAAGGAGGAGGAAAGCAGACAAAAGCCAAGAGAAGAAGAAAAGUCUGCACGGGAAGAAAAUAGAGAACACAAGGACAAACCUACAAGGAAGGAAGAGAAAGGUUUCCGUGAUAGGGAGGAACGUGUUUCCAGAGAUGAGAGUUCUUUCAAGGACAUUAAACAAUAUAAAGAUGAUGAGCCACAGGGUGAUGAGCGACGUGAAAGAAUGCAGCCACCUGCAAAGAAAAAACGGGAUGAAGCUUUCUUGAAUGAGCGAGGAGAAAGAUACAGAAACAAUACUGGUAGAGGAGGACGCGAGUUCGUGCGUGGAAGAGGAAGAAGUGUUGGAAGUCGUGGUUCAAGAGGAAGUUAUCCUGCUAGAGGGGGUAGAGGAGGAAAUCCCAGGGAUAAUAGAAGCUAUGAUAGAAAUGUCCCAAGGUCAGCAGGUGGUCGCAAUGACCGUCGCCCAUACAGCCAGGGCCGUGAUCGCUUCGGUGAAGACAACUAUUAUGCUGAGGGAGAGGAGUUGGAGGCUCCCCGGCGGCGCAGAAUGAAGGAUGAGGACAGUGAUCAUUCUGAACCAAGUGAUUUUGGUACUAGUGAUUCAUCAGGAGAGGUCGACAAGAAAGACAGUAGCACACAGGGUCAUAGGGACAAAGACCGAAGUAAGCGGCCUGGGUCCCGGGACAAUCGAGGUGGAGACGUUCGUGGUGGAAUCAACCAACACGUGGAUGAUCAGAAGGUUGAUGAUGGUGGUCAUAGACAGUCUCAUGAUGAUGGUGGUCAUAGACAGUCUCAUGAUGAUGGUGUAGAAAGAAGCCAACCAAGACGAGAUGAUAGACGUGAUGAUAGACAUGUUGAUCGACGAGACGACCGAAGAGACGAUCGACGAGGUGAUGACCGUAGACAUGACAAUAGGAUGAACCAAAGAAAUGGAGGAGGCUCCUUUGAACCAAGAGGAGAACCAUCCAGGAGAGGUCGUGGUGGUAACUCCAUGCGGGGUCGUGGAGGCCGCGGCCCUGGAGGAGGAGGCCCUGGUGGUGGAGGAGGUGGUCCUGGUGGAGGCGGUCGGAUGUCGUCUGCACCCCCUGGCAGAGGGGGAUUUGGGAAGCCUGGAGACAAAGAGGAUUGGGGUGGAGGGGGAGGAGGUCCCUAUCGGAAAGAAAAUAAAAGACCAGGCCGAGAGCCACCACCACCCAGAUUUGCAAUGAAAAAAGGGCUAAAUUUAAACGAGAAGGGGAGGGGCACUGAUCGUGGUAGAGGACGCGGAAGAGGAAGAGGAGGAAGUGCCCCUCCUAGCAUCAACAAUAAGCGGCCACAGCUUAUCAAACAAAACUCCUCGGACCAAACUAAUGAAGGAAAUGAAGAGUGGGAAACUGCUUCAGAAAGUAGUGGAAUCUUUGAUAAGAAUUCAAAAAACGAGUUUAAGGACAGGGAAAGAAAAGACUCCAACCCUGGUAAAAAAAGUUUCUCAAGUCAGCGUCCAUUUAAUGACCGACAAAAUAGAAAGGGAAAUCAACAAGAUGGUGGUAGCAGGCGACAGAAUGGUGGUGUAGAUUACAAUAAAAAUUCUGGGAAGGAAAGAUCACCAAAUCAUCUUUCAAAAAAUGGGAGUGGUCCUAGGGCCCCAAACGGGGGUCCUAGGAAACCAUAUAGCUCAAGUAAGAAGGAAAACAUUGCCACAGUGUACAGAGUGGAUCAAGUGGUACCGAACAACCAGAAUGCUAUCAACAAUGCCAUUAACAAUCUCAAGAGUCGUCCGGGAAAGAAAUCGGACCUCACAGAUGUUUCAAAACCAUUGAAAUCUGAAGAGAAGAGAACGAGUGCAUUGGCAAAUAUAGACAUCAACAAUUAUGCAAGUGUGGUUGUAAUCGACGAUGCCCCAGAGGUGACCAUCGAUGAUCCCAAUUUUCUGUUUGACAGUAAUGAGGGUUUUCAGGAAGUCACCUCCAAAAAGGCAUUCAAGAGUAAACAGAAGGCUCAACAGGAGGCUGAACUUCGACAGAAACUUGUGGAAAGCAAGAAAACUAGUGCAAAGGUUGUUGCUAAGCCGAAAGGUGUGGGACAGGUUAAUGAAAAACCAAGACAUGGUAGUAAGAGCAAGCUGCCCCCGCGUUUGGCCAGACAGAGGGAACAGCGCGAGAGGGAAAAGACAAAACCAUUUGACAUGAAGAUAGAAAACUGGGACAAUGAGCUAGCCAACAACAUCCCCCCUCCUGCUGCAGAUGCCCUGGAUCAGACAUCAACUAAUGUCAAAAAUGCCAUGGAGCAGGUGAACAGUCCAGCAGUAGGUUCCCCUGCCACAAUGCAGCCCAUGCAUGUGUCCAUGAAUGGUGCCAUGACCCAUGUAUCAGCCCCUAUUCCCCCUGUCAAUGCUUGGGUGUCCAAACCCAUCAGCUAUGCUGCUGUCACUGGUGCCCAGGUGUCUGCUGCCACGGUGGAGAAUAAAUUUGACAAGGGGGAUCAACACGAUAGUGGAAUUGAUGUUAGUGACCAACCUAAUUCUGCAAGCUCUUCAACUAGAAGCUCCCCAAGUGCAGAAAAUAAAUUGAAGAUAGAUAAGAAUGAGAACAAGAUGCCUGUUAUAGCAGUUGACAUGAAAUCAAGUGAUGCUCCAAAACCACAGAGGCAACCUAAGGUGACUCGCAGUGAAAAAGUCAGUGUGAAGGAAACCAUGGACAAACCAGAUUCAAAAGUGGUGAAAAAACCAGAAAUAUCAAAGGACAAGUCACGCAGUACAGCCUCCAUUGAUAAACCAGAACCUAUACAACUACCUAGUUUCCCAUUUGGAAAGGGUGAUGACUCGAGUGAGAUAAAGCUGGACUUUGUCUAUGAUGACGCACUGGCCAAGUUCCCGGAGAAAGUUGAGCCAGAGAAGGACAUAGACCUGGUGGAACCCAACAUCUCAGUGGUGGCCAUGUCUAUUGCAAGUACCACAGUGAACACACAAUCCAUGGACACAACUUCUCCCACAUCUCCUGCAGCACAGGAUCUAAACCAGAAAAUUGCCUCUGUUAAAACAUUCUGGGACCAGGUGGAUCAGGUGUCUCCAGGAAUGGUCAUGUUUGACCAGGGAAUCAAUACAUCUGGACUAGUGAGUGCAGUGUCGACAACAUCAGAGACUGUGUCAGUGUCCGACUCCUUCAGCUCCUUCCCACCUGACAUGGACACUGGUGUGAUGGUGAGCAACGAUGCAGGCCUUGACCUUGACCCAGUUUCCCGGGGAGAUGACAAUAAUAGUAGCCUGGCAACCAGUCUGUCACCUCGUGAGGAUGGACUUUCCUACAGCUCCAACUCUGUUGAGGUCAGCGCUACCCUAGGGGACAACGGAAAGGCUAACGAACAAAGCAAUGUCUGCAAAGUGAAGCCUCAACAGCUGCAGGCAUCUCUUGGUGGAGACUGUAGUAGUGGCAGUAGCAGUGUGCUGAGUAACCCCUCAAGUGUACCUAGUCCAACAUUACAGCCAAUUCAGCUGCCUACUGCUUCUCAACAGACCUACCAGGCCUUCCAGAUCGGAACCUCACAGCUGAUCACUCCCGAACCAAGGCAGGUGCAAAACCAACCCAGCUUUGGAGGUUAUGGUCUGAGCCAGCAGCAACCUCAACUUGGCCAAACAUUCUCCCAGCAGAGCUUGUUCAUGCCAACUACACCCACCCAAUUGGACUCGUACCAACUGCCCCAGCUGUCAGCAUACACUCAUAGAAACCAGGCGGCCCAACAUCAGCCCCAACACCAGCCCCAGCACCAGCCUCAGCCCCAGCACCAGCCCCAGCAUCAGCCACCCCAGCAUCAGCCUCAAGCAGCAUUCGGGCAGAACCCUGCCCCUCAGAAUACUAUUAUGGUAUCCUCUGCCAACUCUUCUCUAAUGUCAACAACUAUCAAACCACCUCAAAAUGCAUAUGGAACAACUUUACAGAAGAGCAUGGGACCUAAUUCACUUCAGUUUGGGCAACAAGGGCUUAGUAGUAAUCUGCUACAACCAUCACAGCAGAUCUCCUUUUUCCAGUAUGACCCCAACCAGCCUUUUGGUACCAACCAGUUUCUAGGAAACACACAGACAGCCCAGAAUGUGAACACAUCACAGAUUCUUGGGUCCCAGCUUGUACAGCCAAGAGCUGCUGUUCAGAAUGUACCACAAGUGCAGGGAUCCUCCUCAUUUUACCAGCAACAACAACAACAGAACAUGCAGCAGACAAGUUUCUUCUCAACACAGCCAGGUUCCAGUAACAUGCAGCACCUGGGUAAUGGAAACAGGAAAAGUGGUGGUGAGCUGAUGUUCCAGGCCUGUAUCCUACAGGGUGCUCUACAACAGGCAGCUGCAGCUGGUGGACAGACUGCGGCCCAGUUCUUUGGAAACCAGUCUGCAGCAGCUGCUGCAGGGCCUGGUCUUAACUUGUCACUGCAGCCCUCGGGCGGAGGCCAGCCACCAAUGGGUGUGGCGACAGCCCAGCCCUCCAGUGGCUCAAAGAUGUCGCAAUUCAACCCAUCGCAACAGCCACAACAGGGUUCACCUCAGAGCACUCCGUUGAAGUCUCCCCCACAAACUCUUGGUCAGAAUAACUUUGUUGUUGCACCUUCCUCUGCAUCUCAACAGCAGAAUCAGGGCUCCAAGCUUUUUAACCUGAGUCAACUUCAGACCCCCAACACUAACCAAAGAUUCAAUAAUGUGAGCUUCAACAACAACUUGCAUACCAAUAUGGCGAACAUUUCCACCAACAUGGCCAACAUGUCGAACAUGAAACAGUUUGGAGGUCAGAAGUUCAACCAGCCCUUUAUGGGGCAGCCACUCCAAUCUGCAGGCCCGAUGGUGAGAUCUCCAAUGAUGGUGAAUAACUUUAGACCAAGUGCACCCCCAGUUCCUGCCACGUUUCCUAACCCCAUCCAGCGGCCUGGAGGGGUCCAGAUUCCUGGCAGUCCUCGACAACAGCGUCCCCCUCAGGUUGUACCCCCAGCUAGCAUUGGUGCGGUCCCUGGAUCUGGGGGAAACAACACCAUUAAAGCCCUACAGGCUAAACAGAGACGGGAACUUCUUGCACAUGCACAGAAUUUCCUCAACCCACAGAACAAACCCAGCAUCAAGCUGAAGGCAGAGGCUUCUGUCAACGACAGUAAAAGCCCCCCUCAACCUGCUGCAUCUAUUGGGUCAGGGCCCGUGCCCAGCCCAAACCCAACAAGCACAAAGAAAACAGAAGAGAAAGGCACUGAAAAGAAGUAACCAGUUGCCUUCAAGUAGUCCUAAAGAGAUGUACUGAGCAACAAGGGUUUUUUAUCAUGAAGUACUGAAUUUUUUAUUUAUACUAUUAUCAUUAACUCGUGUUUUAGUAUUUAGACUUGUUUUUGUGAUAAUCUGUUGUAUGAAGAGCUACGAGAUGGCACAUGGACAUUUUACAUUUGGAUUUGGAAAAAAAAACACUUUCUUGUGACAUAAACAUUUAAAUAAAAUGAAACAAAGGAAAGACAGAUGUUGAAGAAGUCAGAAAUAGUGUGGACAUGGGACUAGCAAACAGAAGGUAAAGGGAAGACUGUUUAUUCAUGGACAUUUUUUGUGACAUGGAUGAUUGAAAGAAGGAUUGACGUGUUAGCAAUAGUCUGGUGCCCUCUGGUCACUUGUGAUGCUCCAGGCGACAUUGAUGAUCAUCCAUGCUUCUGUGAUGUACAAUAGAGAUGAACAUGAAUACAUGCACCUAUGGGGGAAUCAUUAGGUUCUCAAACGAAUAUUGCCGCAUGUCUAGUAUUAUUGUAUUAUUUAUUUAUUAUAUUUAUCUGUCUCCCUACAAGGAAACGGACUAGAAUGAAAUAUUUUUAUUUUCUUCGACCCUAGUCGUGGAUUGUACAGUAAUGGGCCAAGACUGCCUCAACAAUUACACAUUUAUACAUAUAUGUUGAUACUGGUGUACCCCAUAGGUGGUCUAGCUAGGGAGUUUACAAUGUACUUGUAUUUUACCUUGUAGUAAGUGCUGUAAUCUCACCUCUUGCCAUGUUAAACAAAAAAAGGAUCUGACAUGUUCUCUGUAAUAUGCAUGCAUUGUGAAAUGAUAUUUUAGCAUUUCAUGUCACUUGUAAAUUAGCAUGUAUACCCACAAAGCAUGAGAUUGGUUAGACACGUCAGAAGCGUAUGUUGGAAGGUCUAGGAAGGGAAGAGCUAGUUCUUAACUUAGUCACUAGAGCUUUAUGGUCAAGUAAUGAGUACAGAGUGACCAAAGAACAGUGAGAUGUCCAUUUUCUAUAAAUAAUUCAGACAAGAAUUGAAAAGACUUCAUAGCCUAGUAAAGGCUGACUACAGAGAUACAGGAGAUUUUGACAUUUAGUUCUAGAAUUAAAUGAACACAAAACUUGAGUUGUGAUUUUAACAUUUCUAGCUCAAUAUUUUAAAGUGAAAAGAGGAGGAGAGGGAAAAGAUGAAAGAUAAUAAAUUAAAUAUAAGAUUUGUGAAGGAUGAAUCUUAAAGCUACCAAAACGCCAUACAUUUUAGCCUCUGAAUUACCAAAAUGGCGAACAUAAUGGUUAAGUUUGGAGUUGGUUUUAAUUAAGGGCAUGGUAGUGUCACAUGCACUAGUAUAUUUGAAUGAAGAUAUGAUGGUAACUAAGAGAUGCCCCGGUCACCAGUCUGUCUGUGCUGCUAUUGCCCCUGUAGCCUGGCAGUUCUGGUGAAAAGAAAACUCAUUAACAUGUUAUUAAUAUAUAAAACUUCCAGCGUUACCUUUGGGACUAAGCCCCAGUCCCUAGGUGACGAUUGGGCCGUUCUUACCUUACGAGUGUGACAUGGGUGUGGCCACCAUGGCUGCCCACCAUGUAACCAUACCCUGUCCUAUAUUCAGCUGUGUUUAUCAUUUUUUCAUGGUUAGUAUUCUUUAUAGAUACCCCACCCCUUUUUUCACACAGUUCUUAAUUUAAGAGAAAAGUCUGAUGUCGUUUGCUAGUUUGAUAUUUAAGUAGAUGAUAUAUGUGAAGAACUGGAUUUUUUUUAUUCAAAGUCUUUGUGGUUGAUUCUGUGGAACUGCACAAGUUGAUGUGAAAAACGGUUUGGACAGAUUACAUAGUGAUGAUGUCCCAACUCGUUUGGUUUUUGUGUUGCAAUACUUGUGUGUGUAGAGGGAGGUAUGUAAAAGUAUUAAGAGUUGGUUGUAAACAGGAUGGGUGCAUGUGUAUUGUAUGUACAUGCAUGUGCAGGUGUGAUAUUUUAACAGAAUUGUGAGUGGCGGUCAUCUGCUUUUCGUACCCCUAACGGGAUGAGGAGAUAGAUGUCAUCGUGCGAAGGUGAUUGACAGACAAGGUGCUAAAGCAUGUCAUGUCGGUUGCUUAUAAACAUCCAUCAACUUUCUACUCAUUUGUAUACCACAGAUUUUAUGUUCAGUUUCUAUUUGCCUCCAAAGUCAUCUGUAUGUAGCUCUGAACAAAAUAAAGAGCGCUCUGAUGUAAUUA